CGCUCCGGACACCCUCUCUGCCCGGACGCGCACCCCACCUCUCCCGGGAUAGGGAAUCCCCUCUCCCCGCCCCGCGAUGACCCUCCGCCGCCUCCUCGUGUCCCACCUGCUGCUGGAGCUGUGCGGCCGCUCGCUGCCCGUCGCCCCGGGGCCCGGCUCCGAAACCAGCCGCUACCUGGACCCCUGCAAGGCGGUGGCUUUCUGGGGAGAUAUUGCUCUGGAUGAAGAGGAUCUGAAAUAUUUCCAUAGCGAUGGAAGCACAGAUUUGACGGGACAGGGAAUGGACAGGAGCGGCCACACCUCGGGUAGCCCCGUCAUCGGGAGAGAGAAGAGUGGGCAAGCGGGAGCUUCCCGGAGCAGAGUGGAGCGAGCCGCGACCUCGAGGGCAGAACGGAUCUGGCCUGAGGGAGUCAUUCCCUACGUCAUAGGAGGGAACUUCACUGGAACGCAGCGAGCCAUAUUUAAACAAGCCAUGAGGCACUGGGAGAGGUACACCUGCAUCACCUUUGUGGAGCGAUUGGCCGAGGACAGCUUCAUUGUCUUUACCUACCGACCGUGUGGAUGCUGUUCCUACGUGGGCCGGCGCGGGGGGGGGCCACAGGCCAUCUCCAUCGGCAAAAACUGCGACAAGUUUGGCAUCGUGGUGCACGAGCUGGGUCACGUGAUCGGCUUCUGGCAUGAACACACCCGGCCCGACCGGGACGGUCACGUCAACAUCAUCCGGGGCAACAUCCAGCCAGGGCAGGAAUAUAACUUCCUGAAGAUGGAGCCGGCAGAAGUGAACUCCCUGGGAGACAUCUAUGACUUUGACAGCAUCAUGCACUACGCCAGGAACACCUUCUCCAGGGGCGUUUUCUUGGACACCAUCCUCCCACGGAGAGAUGACCAAGGCUUGAGACCAACCAUUGGGCAGAGAGUGAAGCUGAGUGAAGGGGACAUCAGCCAAGCCAAGAAGCUGUACCGUUGCCCAGGUAACCCCUGGCCCUAUACCAUUGCACUUUAA